UUGCCCGGGAAACGGCCGCAUGGCAACAGGAUCAGAGCCUGGGGGUUGUCUGCUACUAGGUCUGCUCCCAUUUUGCAUCGCAUUUCCUCACUAGAUGGUGUGCAAGCCACUGGAGAGAACACUUCCCCGCACAGUGAGCUCUACAUCCAGCUAAACAAACCUGGGAAACUAUACCACGGACCAUUUCUUCACGGGGCUCCGAGGCGGAAAAGUGUGGAAAUAAAUAAAGCGUCGCGUUAAGGGUUUCUCUCUUCUUUUUUUUUUUUUCCUCUUUAAAGUGAAACGUCCGCUUUUGGCAAAAAGACGACUUGGGGAAAGCGACAACGGAACUCAGCUGUGAUGGACAUAAUGAUUGCGGUGCAGGAUGCUUGUGUCUCUGGUCAGUGGCUUACUGCGAUAAUUCUCAGCCUGUGCUGCUUUCUGCCGUCCUGUUUGCCCGCCGGACAAACUGUGGACUAUUCGUCGGUUGAAAGUGUGGUGAGCAGACAAGGCGACACAGCUUUGCUGAGGUGCUACCUGUUGGAUGGGAUCUCUAAAGGAGCCUGGCUGAACCGCUCAAGCAUCAUAUUUGCAGGGGAUGACAAGUGGUCUGGGGACCCUCGUGUGUCCAUAGUGUCUGGUAUUGGAGACAAACACGAGUACAGCCUUCAGAUACAGAAAGUGGAUAUAACUGACGACGGCCAGUACACAUGUUCAAUUCAGAGUGAGCGUAACCUACGGCCUAAGCUCCUCAACCUUAUUGUAAAAGUUCCUCCCAAGAUAUACGACAUUUCCUCUGACAUCACGGUAAACGAGGGCAACAAUGUGUCCCUCAUCUGCACAGCCAGUGGGAAACCUGAGCCAACCAUUUCCUGGAGACACAUAACCCCAUUAGCCAGGAAGUAUGAAAGUGGCGAAUAUCUUAACAUCACCAGCAUCACGAGGGACCAGGCUGGAGACUACGAAUGCAGCGCUUUAAAUGACAUUGCCUCUCCUGACACCAAAACAGUAAAAGUCACAGUCAACUUUGCCCCAGCAAUCCAUGAGAUGAAGAGCCACGGAGUUGGUUUGGGACGCACAGCUCUGCUGCGAUGCGAGGCUGCUGCUGUGCCUUCUCCAACAUUCGAGUGGUACAAGGGGGAGAAAAGGAUUAUCAAGGGUCAAGGCAUCGACAUCAAGAGCCUCAGCUCCAGAUCAGUCCUCACAGUGACCAACAUGACAGAGGAUCGUUACGGGAACUACACAUGUGUCGCCACCAACAAGUUAGGGACGGCUAAUGCCAGUGUGCCUCUUAUUCCAAUUAUUGAACCCACCACCACUAGUGCUGUCUCAAGCCCAGCGCCCAACACUGCGCCCUAUGGGAGCACAGGAAACGCAUAUGUCCCGCUGGCCUGCCGAUACCUGGUCCUGGCUCUCUCCUCCUUCAUCAGCGUGUACUAACAGAAACCAGGCCAGACACAAUGACUGUCGAGAGCAUUUAUGAAUCCUUUUUGAAAUUGCUGAUGGCUGGAAUCCAAUCUGGUGCGGUUUGUUGGAAAGCUGAAGUGGGGAAAUGAUCAGCUUCACUUUGUGUGGGGAGAUUUUUUUUUUUUUCCUUUUCUUUUUGAUGAAAUUUCUGUCAUGUAAAUAAUAUGAUGUUUUUUAUUAUUAUUAUUAUUAUUAUUUCCCCUUUCCCAUGUUUUUUUUUUCGUUUUCUGAUUGACUGACCACCUUGUGAAUCAGUGUUCACCCCCACACCUCCUCCAAUCAUAUCAACAGUCCCUGAACCUCCCAAAUGAGUUACUUCACUCAUCCUUUUCCUGCGAGGCGAUGGCGCAAAAUCUCCAUUCAUUUUUGUACAAGGCUAAAAAGAUGUAAUUGUGCCAAGUCUCUCAGUACAGAAAUUACCAUACCAAUGUUGUAUUGAAUGUAUUAUGGGCUGUGGAACAAAGGAAAGACAUUUAGAUUCCUAACAAUACAAAUUUUGAUUAUGGAGUGUGCUUAAAAAUACAGAAAUAAAAAUACAAAAAACAGAAAAUAAAAAUAAUAAAAAAACAAACAAAAGAACAAAAAGGCAGGGUUUUUUCAGGACCUGUUUUGUCAUGAUUACUCAGUAGGUGGAUGAACAGUGUUGAAGGUGUGCUUUGUUGUGUUCUGAAAUGGGUCCCUCAGUUACUAUGCCUGCCUAACAGCUUUGAUCAGGCAGCCGUCAAAGUAGCAAAAUAUACUGUAUUGUAUCUUUAUAUUUUAAUAUAGUGUAGGCUUACGUUUGAAAGUGGGACCAGCUUUUCUCAUUCAACCAAGAACAUUAUUACAAAUCACCACUUUGUACAGUAUCAACAGAUGAACAUUGCAGCCUUUUGUUUACAUCUUAAAAAAAACUACUAAUUCAUACUGUUUCUGAGUGAGUCCAUGUAUAUGAAUGUCAUAAAAAAUGGUUGCAGUUAAGAAGAAAAAGUAGAGCCCAAGUUUAGCAGUUCUUAGGAACGUGCCACUUCCCGUAGGCGUCUCUAAAUCUGAUCUAAUGCUGAGCACCUACUGAUGAAUUUUUAGCUGAAAACCCCACAGUGGCAUAAUGUAGUUCUUAGCUACGACUUCUGGCAUGAUACUUGGAUAACUGAAACUGAAGAAGCACCACUCAGCAGCAUUGUUUUAUUCCCUUAUCAGUAAAUGCUCUCACAGUAUAACCAGAAUCCUUUUUUAUGUCAUGAUCAGCAGGACACAAACUGAAGCUCAUGAGCAUGCUCAUUAUCACAGCCAUGGCACAGGGUGCUAACAGUUCUUCCAAGGUGAACGAAUUUAUCCAAAAUGAAUAAAUAAAUAAAUAAAAACCUGUAUCCAUUAGAGUUCAGGCCAAAUUAAAUCAUCUUCUAUGAAUAGAAGAAAAUCUAUCAGUUUUUUGUUGACUGAAAUCGACCAUAUCAAGGCUCAAAAGCAGAGUUACUGCUGGGUUUAUUUCUUAUGUCAGCGUGGCAUACUCAUCCUUAAGUAUCCUCUUUUCAUGGCUGAAACAGAAAUACUGCACUAUAAUGCCUUAAUAGUACCAUAGACAUAAAAUUACUUUCCUUCAAAAGGAUCCUUCCAGAAACUCUCAGUAAAAUACAGUUUAUUCAUCCAACAUUUAACUGAUGACCGAGUGUUCAUAAACCACGAGCUGACUUGUCUUUGAAAUAAGGCACCGUACUCAGUAAACUAAUGGCCCUCACAGGUACUUUUAAAUAUGUCAGAUGUAUCUGAUAGAAAUGCUGUAUUUAUGGUACAGGUCAACAUGUUUGCCAGUUGUGUUUGGAUAUAGGCUGUGUUAUAUUUUGCCCACAGUUGAGGGUUUAAUUACUCGCGUUCACAGAGUAUUUUCACAUGUGAACUUGUGACUGCAAAUCUGUAGAAGAAUAGCCAUCUCGGUUAAAAGACUUAAAGCACAAACACUGUCAUUAUUGUUGUGGUUAUUUCUUUAUAAGUUCUGCUAUUUUUUUUUUUUUUUUUUUUUUUCAUUCUUUUUUUUUUUUUUUUUUUACUGAAAUUGUUCUCGGCUUGUUUUACAAAUUAUUAAAUUACUGCACCAUAUGAUCUUGUUUCAAUGUUAAGGUAUAAUGGAAAUGGGUCAGACAUAUUUAUUCUCUUCCUUUAUAAAAAAAUGUACAAACAAUGCAUUUGAAACAUGUUAAACUGGAUAUGUGACAUUUAUUUGAAUGAGACACAGUAUGGCAUAGUUUAUAAUGUUGUUGGGUUCAUUUAGAUGCCAUACCUGUUGUUGAUUUAGGUACGUUAAAAAGAACAAUGUUUGCAAUCAAAUUACCUACUUUUUGAAACAGAGAGGGUGUGAACCAAUAUAACAGUAUUAUAGAACAGAAUCAAUGUGUGUAUAUUUGGAGAAACUAGGUACCUUUUGAUCUGUAGAGCCAGUGUGUAAUCAUAGUUUUCACACACUUGCGUGUUUGCUGAUGUGCAGAGAGUAUGGUUGUGCUGCAUGUCAAAGUUAACCUGUGUUUUUAAGGUGGCCAUUUUACAGAUCUUCAGACUUUAUAAGAAUGAAAGCAGUUUUUUUCCAAACUUUUGCUUCACAAACCUGGUCUGAAAGUACAUACCUCCUACAGAUCACCAGGCUGUGUUUGUAUGUGAUUUAUUUCAAUCGACUUUGCUGAUAAACUAAACAACUGCUUUUCAGUUAUGAUGAUGAUUGUUGUGACAAACUGGUGACAGUCUCGAGUUUUGCUGGUUGCUUGUCUAAGCACUUAAGACCAUUCUAGUAUUCCAUAUGAAAUGUACUGGAUGUUAAUUAUUUUCAGUAUGGUAUUAACAAGUCCCUUUUAUCAAAUACAUAUUAUUUUAUAAGUCUUCAUGUAAAAUAAAGUCUUGAGGGCAAAAUCUAAACCUUAACAGAUUUCUCUAUUUUUACUUUUCACUAUCAACAUUUGGGGGUUGCACCAACAACUCACACAUCUAGCCUGGAAUUUCAAGCCUUUGUAAGGAGAAACUGGUUUGAAACUGGUAAUUUACUAAAUCCAAAUGUAUCAUAUUUGGUUAAAUGUCCUUGCUGAUAAGGAUGCUUGCAGGAGAACAUUAUUCAAGGUUCUCCACAGAACUUCUGCAAAAAUCCCGUAACACACUUCAUACACAACUCGACUGACAGAUACAGAGGGGGCAACUAACGAGGCAGAGACGGCCAGUUCAGAAGCUCACCAAAGCAGCAGUCCGCUGGGGUUUAUCUUGGUGUGUUGGAUAGCACUGCAGCUAAGUGGCGUUUUUUGGUAGCAUCAACCUGAUAGCAUGUAACAUGGGUUACAAGCACCCUUAAGCAAGUGUUCAGUAAUUACUGUAGUAACUGGGGGGACAGGGGGAGUCAAUGGAUAUGCUUCAUCAACCCAAAGCUGGGCUAACAGUGACUUGGUGCAGGUACAAAUGUUUUUAUUUCUCAUCCUCAUUGCAUUAAGCUCAAGUAUAUGGAGGUCUACAAAAAUAUAUAUUUCUGCAUUGAACUAUACUGUUAAGGUCACAAACAUAUUUGUGUUACUGAUGUCUAGAAAACAUUGCUCAUUGGCAGCAUGUUGAAUAUCCUCUAGCACACACUAAGCAUAAAGAGCACCAACUGUUUACUUGUUGUGCAUUUAUAGUUUUCUUCCUUACCAAAAGCAUGUUUACAACCAAGCUACACCAAUGUAAAUAUAGCUUAAAAUAUAAAUAAAUAACAUGUCAACGUAACCACAACUACAGCAUCUCAAGCAUCUAGGAUAGACUCAGUACUCACAGAGAAGCAGGAGAAAUGAGCUUCUUAAAAAAAAUGUAUCAUCACAGAAAGCAACAAAUUUCUUUUCCAUUUACUUGGUUACCAAGGAGAUGAGUCAGACACCAGAUUGUGGCAGUGACAUCACAGCUUUCUUUAAAAGGUUGAAGAUCUUACAUGCAAUUCAUUCAGAGGAAAUCAACAGCAGUCAUCGUUUAAGAUCCAGUUGGACUGCUGAAAGCAUAUUUUUCUCAAACCUGACCAAGUAGUUUUGGUGCCCAAAAAUCACCCAACAGCAACUGAAAGCAAACAUAACAAUAAAACCCAGCAGAACAUCUCUUUAUAGAAAGUCAACCACUGAUAUUGGCUGAAACUCUUCUGGGGUUUCUGUGCAACACAUUAUGUUAACUAUAAUAUAUUGUUAAGAACUUAUUAACUUAAAUGAAGCGGAACUAUAAAGCUGUCUUAGCUUAACUUGAUGUGUCUUAAAGGUUCAAAAUACUUUUUUUUUUCUUAUUUUUGGUUAAAAUGAAUUGAAAGUUAUAAAAUAACUAAAAAAAAUUUCAACAUAAAUUCAUUUCACAUUAAUUCCUGGUAUGUACAAGGCUUAUUGUACAUAUUAUUGUUUGCUUUAUUGCUUGUCAUUAAAGUGCUGUCAGAUUUGUAUCCUGGCAGUUAAAUCCUGGGUCAAACACGCUCAAGUUGAGGGACGUAUUAGUGUGUUUGCACAGUGCCCCAAGUUAUUGAGUCAUCUUAAUUGUACAGUAUCAUGCAUAUUUGAUCCUCUCCCCUCUGGCCUGGAAUGCUGUUUAAAUCCUCCUGAGCCCAGAUGGCCGGAUGCCACAGCACAUACAGUAGGAUUAACCACCGUUUGCACUUCAUCAUCUUCACAGACUUGAGUGUUUUGCUCAGUAAAUGCACUUCAUAAAAACACAGUUCUUUCCAUCCCACAAUGCACAUCUUUCCAUAUAGUGUAUGUCAUGACCUGAAUACACCCUUUACUCAAACUUCCCUGGAGUGACAUACCUCAGAAAAGUUCAAAUAAAACAAAGACAUGUUGAUGUACAGGCUGAAAAGAGGCCACACCACCCUCCUGCAGAGAUCGCUGCCUCACCUCGCACUCCCAGCUGACAGCAAAAAAAAAAAGAAAAAUUCCCCACUUUCACAUUUAAGAUAAGAGGAUUUUAAAUAUUCAUGCAAGCGCAUAUAAUUACAGUCCCUCAAUCCCCCCGCCCCUGAAUUUUUAAACUUUCCAUUUCAAAGUCCUUCCCCUCGGCCCGAUGUAUCAGAAUCGCUCUGUUGUGUGUGAAUGCAUUUAUUACAAGCUUGAGUUUGUUGCAUUAUGAGACAGCAGCUGUAUUAUCUCACAAUGGGACAAGUACUGUACUGAAUGUGCCUUUAAAGUAUGUCAUCAAUCAGUGGAACACCAUAACCCAGUGCUUAUUUAGAGCAUUGUUGCCAUAAACCACACUAAAGCUCUUAUGUGCAGUCUCAGCUGAAACAUAUAAAACUAUUGCUCACUUCAGUUUUUGCAAUUACAUUUCAAACAUGCAAGCAAGCAGAACCACUGUACACACAUUUCAGACACCUCUGAGUUGGUUUCAUGAAAACUAACACAUUUAACCCCAAAUAAUCUAGAAUACAAACUGGAACAAACAGGAUUGUAUCAUCAACAUAUUUCUGAUAAAUAUUAAAUGUUAUGAGUUGAUCAUCCAGGGGAGAAGAAACAGGGUUAAAAUCAAGUCAAACUACACAAACAAACUAUCUCAGUUUGUUCUCAGUGCUCAAAGCUGUAUAUGAAGGCUCUUUUUAUUAAUCUUCUCUUCUGUUGACAUGCUGCACCUGACACCUUUCUAAAGAUUUUUAGCUAUAAAAGCAGCAUGAAUUAUUUUGUGGCUCAUCGUUGUGUGACUGGAUGUCAGUGUGAGAAGCAUCCUGUCAAACCCAGCCUGCUGUGCCAUUCUGUGACAGUGUCUUACUGUCAGUUUUCAAAAAACAAAAAAACAAAAACACAUUAGAAUUUUGUGAUUUGACCAUCAGUAACUGGGUGUUUGCAGCUCCUUGUCUAUAUAAAGCAGCGCUCUCAUGCAGCACCAUUACAGCUGCACAUGCUGCAGGGUGAAAAAAUGAUUAGUAUGGUGUCACAGUGUUGUUUGGCUUGUCACAAAGGCUUCUAUGGGCAAUGUUAACAGAGAGGAGAUGGGAGGAGUUGUGAGUGAGGGAUUCCUCCUGACCUUGUGGUUAAUGAAACUCUUCCUGUGCCUUUGUCAGUUUUAACUGGGAGAUUGUGUCAUACUUCAUGCUGAGGCUGCUGCCUGGCUCCUGCAGUCACCAUCCCACUUUCCUGAGCAGCAUACUGAGUUGUCAGUAUCAAAAUAAAAAAAAUAAAAACCUGUGCUUCUUGAGUGCAUUCAGUUUGGUAGAUAUGUUUGUUGCACAGCAGGCAGAAGCUAUCCCUCCUGUCAAACCCAGGCAGAGCAAGAAAAAAAAACCUAUAUAACCAGUUUCUGAGCAAGUUUGAUUCAGUUUCUUUACAUAAUCCUCUUUCAUUUCUCUCACACCUUUCCUUUGAAUAUGUACACAGUAAGUGAUUCCAUACUGGCGUGACCCUCUGAUUUCUUUGCAAUCCUUUUGAAAACAUAGCAGCUCUGAAUAAAAGGGAAUGGACAAGCUACUUUGAAAAGAGGUUCCAUCAAGUAUUUGUCAACCUGUCCCUCAUUAUUCCCAGUGAACUGGAAAAUAAGUUGCCAGCCAAUGAUGCAGAGCCUGAGAUAAUGCCUGGGUUUUAGAGCAAGCUAUCUGAAACAGGUCUGUUCAUGACGCCGAUGGCUGAAUCACGCACCGCCAAGCGUUUUCACUGAAAACUUCAUGAAGGAUUGAGAGGAUUGCUUUGGAGAAAAUGUCAUUAUUUGAGUGGCAGUCAUUAAAUCCUAUUUUUUUUUCCACCCCUCCAAAAGGCCGAUUACAUGUAGUUCUGUUUACACUGACUGAAACAGGAAGUCAGUUCUUUGUAGCACCGGUGUGAAACGUCUCUUCAAUUGUGGGUCCAAUGUUUAAGGUGCAUCGUGUCACAUUUGCUGUUGUAAAUUAAUUCAGAUAACUUAUGUCAUUAUUUUUUCUUUGGGGAUGGAUGUUUUAAAGCUGAAAGAACCUUAAUAACAUUUUCUGUGUGGUUUUUAUUCCUCCGUUUUUUUAUUGUUUAAUUAAAUCAUUCUGAAAACUGAUUCUAUGAGAAGUCUGGAGUGGAAAUGUUUACUCAAUGUGUCUGAAGGUCUUUUAGCCACCAGGGGUAUAGUUGUAUAUUUAUAGGCUCUAGAUCACUGGAAUGAUAUAUAUGGCUUCAAGUGGCAUUGAUAUAUCUCUAUAUAUAAUAUAUAUAAAUAUAUAUUGAUAUUUGUCCAAAAAUGAGAAAAUCCAUGUACUUUAAUUACUUUAAAGCUUACAUUGUGUAUAGCACGUAUGCAAGUCCAUUUUCAUCAUGUUUGAUGUAAUUUUGUAGCAGUGGUUUGAUACUAAUAAAUGGCAGUUGAUGAUGAAA